UACUCGGCCUCAACCCCCUCCCGGCACAAACCGUUUUCGUUCUGAGCGGCCCAAAUCGCACAUCCGUCAACUACGACGACUGCCUCGUAACAACCGACGUCCUAAAGCAAAAUGGCCCGUACCAAGCAGACUGCCCGUAAAUCUACCGGAGGAAAGGCGCCAAGGAAGCAACUCGCUACCAAGGCAGCCAGGAAGAGCGCGCCGUCCACGGGAGGAGUGAAGAAGCCCCAUCGUUACAGGCCUGGAACUGUGGCUCUGAGGGAGAUCCGUCGUUAUCAGAAGUCCACCGAGCUGCUCAUCCGCAAGCUGCCCUUCCAGCGUCUGGUGAGAGAAAUCGCGCAGGAUUUCAAGACCGACCUGCGUUUCCAGAGCGCUGCCAUCGGUGCUCUUCAGGAAGCCAGUGAGGCUUACCUGGUGGGUCUGUUUGAGGACACCAACCUGUGCGCCAUCCACGCCAAGCGUGUCACCAUCAUGCCCAAAGACAUCCAGCUGGCUCGUAGGAUAAGGGGAGAGAGGGCCUAAACAGCAACGGCCUCAUUGUCAAGAUCCUAUUUAUCGUACUUACCAUUUUUGUGGACAUUUUAUUUCUUUUUUUUUUUUUUUUUUUUUUUUUUUUUUUUUACAAGUUUUCUUUGGAUUUUUGUAUUUUAACCGGGACAAUUCAUCAACCAUUCCACAAGCCUGAGUACACUUAGGAUAUUUGGAAAUGUUGUGCAGUAGGUUUAUCUACUCAUCAUGGGUCUCAUUACUACAUGUUUCAGCCAUUAUAUCAACGUAAGUCCUUUUGUUGGGUAUCUACUCCCUCUGAGGAUGAAGUUUGUCGGGGAUGCAUUCUUUACAUCUUCUGUAGGUGUCCAGGGUCUCUUCACCCAUCUACCACUUCUCACAAAAAUGCCAGCAUGUCAUGUUCAACUGGUCUCUGCAGCAUUGGGUAUUGGCUACUACAAGUUGAUAUCUGCAUUGUGUGUGACCAAGAGCAUGGCAGACCCCACCUGUAUUUUUCUGGACUGCUUUUUACAUGUUUUUCAACAUAAAAAUCUUGGCAGCUACAUUUAAUACUAUUUAUGGAAAUGUUGUCACGUCUUUCUAUUAAAGGUCUUUAUGAGUAGAAAA